AUGCGGAGCGACGAUGGAGUCUAUCUGCUGCUCCUCAUCGCCAUUCCCGCCCUCGUCCUCCUCCACUUGGAUGUUGCGCCGUACACCAAGGUAGAGGAGUCUUUUCAUAUUCAAGCUAUUCAUGAUAUCCUGUCCUAUGGUAUCCCAAUUCAGAAUGUGUCCGAGACACUCAGGUUGCAGUAUGAUCAUUUUACCUUUCCCGGGGCUGUACCUCGGACAUUUGUCGGUGCGGUCAUGUUGUCCACGCUCUCGCGACCACUUCUCUGGUUGAAUGAGAGUGUGGACAGACAAGCUUUAGCGCGAUCUAUCCUGGGUCUCUUCAAUGCGCUAUCCCUACUCUCAUUCGCUUCCGGCUUGCGACGGGCUUUCGGGAAGCCUACCGCAAUCUGGUACCUUGUUUACCAGGCUAGCCAAUUCCAUAUCAUCUAUUACGCCUCACGGACGCUGUCCAACAUGUUCGCCUUUGGCAUCACAACCUUAGCCUUGCGAUACCUCCUUCCCGAGCCUCUCGCCCCGGGCGUAUACAGGAAGAGGUGUCGGAAUGCGCUGUGCUUGUUGACAAUCGCGGGUAUCAUUUACCGCUCGGAGCUGGCUCUAUUUCUCGCCACGAACACCCUUUUCCUACUUGCCACUCGCCGGAUUAGCAUUGCCCGCGAGAUCAUCCCCGCGGGCGUCAUCGGCCUUCUGGUCGGAUUGAGCAUCACCGUUGGGGUGGAUUCGUUCUUCUGGCAACAGUUUCCAUUGUGGCCAGAACUGGCCGCUUUCAAAUUCAACGUCAUCUCCGGUCAGGCAUCGGCCUGGGGAACCCACCCCUGGCAUUUCUACUUUGCCAACGCUAUCCCGCGCCUCCUCCUCAACCCCGUGACCUAUCUGAUUGCGGUUCCGUUCGGCCUCGUACAGCCGUCGACCCGACCUGCGGUUGCAUACUUACUGAUCCCUUCACUGGCCUUUGUUGCCAUCUUCAGUAUCCAGCCCCACAAGGAAUGGCGGUUUAUAGUCUACGCCAUCCCCCCGUUGACUGCGGCUGCGGCUCUCGGAUCCUCCUAUAUCUGGACGCACCGCGCGAAAUCCAUCAUAUACCGUCUUCUCUCCCUGGCGAUGAUGGGGUCAACGUUCAUCUCCUUCGUCUGCUCAACUUUCAUCCUCCUCCCCGCCUCCUCGGCCAACUACCCGGGUGCUCACGCCCUCAACACUCUGCAUACUCGUGCCCACAACACGAAACCUCACAUCUCCGUGUACCUGGGCAAUCUCGCCUGUCAAACUGGCGUGACACGUUUUUUGGAGAUGCCUGGCUUCUCUGAUGAAACCGCAACUACUUCCAUGCGAGAAGACCACUCGACGACAUGGAAGUACGAUAAGACAGAAGACGAGAAGCUCAAGGCGUCGCCUUCUUUCUGGCACCAGUUUGAUUACAUACUCGUUGAGCCUAGCGAGGGUGCAAAGGUCGUCUCCUUGUCUGAUUCUCCCGGGGCCUGGGAGGAGGUGGAGACUGUUGAUGGUUUCGCUGGGAUAAGGAUCAUCCGUCCGGGCGAUGAGGCCCCUGGUGCUGUCGAGGAACGGGUUCUGGGGAAGUUUGUCGGUGACCGUGGAGUGCGACUAUUCGAGAUGGGCCGUGAGUUUGCGAGACGAGUCGUUACUCGCGGGUGGUGGGUGGAAUUGAGGAUGGAGCCGAAGAUCAAGAUCCUGCGACGGGUUUGA